UGACAUUAUAUCAAACAAAUCUUUCGAUACAUACCAUACAACCGAACAACCGAAUACCACUGAAACCCCUUUCUAGUCUUGGAGUCUCAUCCUUCUUGGUAUCUCGAGUUUGAUUGAAGCUUGAUAUUUUGAUACUUUACCUCGAUUCAGAAAAGGGUUGAUGAAUCUUUCUUUUGAAGUUCAAAUCUAUUGACAACCUCGACAACUUUAACCGCUUCGGCUCGUAAGCUCGUUUAUAGACGAACGAGAUAAAACAAAUAUAUAUACCCUCCAUCGUUUGAGGUUCAAGUCUCCUUAUUUAUAUUUGUUCAUACCGUUUCAUCCGCAAUUUUUCAUUCCAUUUCAGAUCUUGAUAUUUCCCCUCCAGAGUCCAGACAUCAUCACCCUUUAAACCUUCUCCUCUUUGUAUCCGACUCUUGGUUCUCGCUCCUGCUCACUUCCUUCCAUUUCCCUUUUUUCUCCGCUAAACUUUGGCAUCUUUCAACUCUCUUGUAUCAAAUUUACAUCAUCAAUCCCAAUCUCCGCACUUGAUUCAUUUAAACAAUUCAUUCCUCGAUUCUCUCAGUUUGACUCAUUAAACUUUGCUAGCUGUCAUUCUACGUAUUCUCUCUGCGCCAAUCAUAACCUACAACUCUUUCUCACCUUACAAACUUCACACUCGUCAAUCUUUAUAAUCAAAUCUCAAUUUCUCAACCAUGGCUCAACAUCGUCAACAAACUCAUCUCACUCCUCCUACCACUGAACAACAACCUACUGACCCGCUUCACAGGGUCUACGUUCUAUCAUGUGCUCAUUGUGACGCUUUUGUCAGUGAUCGCGGUAUGAGGGCGGUACUACUUUUACGACCUUCCAUCACUCUCUUCAGCACCGAUGGUAUGCCGUACAAUUGUGGUCCGUUAUAUCCUGAUUCAAACGAAGAUAUCAAUAACUCCGAACAGGUCGAAAGAACUUGUAAUUGUCUAACUCAAAGCCUAGGCUGUUAUGGCUGUGGCAAUACAAUUGGCUAUCACAUCAUCUGUCCAUGCUCUCGAUGUGAGGACUCUGUAUCAAAACACCGUCGAGCAGCCAAUGGACAUCGAUGGGUUUUCCACUACGGUGAAGUGACUUACAAGGAACGUACCUACGUUCUCGACGAACCUGGCGUCAUUCAACCUCAAUCUUCGUACCAACAUGCACCAGGCCUAGGCAGACAUUCAAGUCAAACAUCCUUCAUAUUGACACAUGAUGAACGAGAUCAUCUUCAAAUCCAAGAUCUCGACGUAGCCAAACCUGAACCAAGUUAUCAAUAUGAAUCGGAUUCACCUGAAGAGCUUUCCUAUGAAUCUGAAAUGAUCUCCAUCUCUAAUUCUCGGCGUUCUCGUUACAUUCGAACUCGUCGUCCAGCUUCUCCUCGUGAACAUUCUAGUAUUCAAGAAGGUGAUCCGGUUUAUUGGCAUCAACUCGUUUCUGCUGGAGAACGUUCAUCACCAAUUUUUGCUAAAUCUACUCCUAAAAUCACAUCUAGACCAGCACGUUGA